AUGUCCCUUAUUUACCGGACAUGUCCUGCUCCACUCACUUCACUCUUUGCUACUGCCUUCCCUCUGAGACGCCAGCUCACUCCUACACUUCCAGCACUCCUACCGCUUCCAGCUCACUCCUGCAGCUUCCAGCACUCCUACCGCUUCCAGCGCACUCCUGCAGUUUCCAGCUCACCCCUGCGGCGCUCUACUGACGUCCCGCUACCUAUUCCAGCACCCGCUGACGAUCUAAUCCAGUGCCCACUGACGUCCAGCGCCCUUGUACAGUCGAUUGGCACUCACACCUCUCGGCCCGCUGCAACAAAGUGGCGAUAUUUUCAGCACGAAAGGUCACACGACAGGACACUAAAUACGCCUCCGUGGUACAAGCCUUACCAGCAUCAAUCGUUGAAGAAGUGGAAGACAUCCUUCUCAAUACUCCGGACCAACUCCCCAUACACCUGCCUCAAAGAAGCCAUCCUCAAACGAACUGGACGUUCGGACGAAGACCUCAUCAGAGACUUAUUCUCUAAUGUGUCUCUCGGCGAUAGGACACCAUCCCAGCUCCUCCGCCUGAUGAAUAGCCGCCUCGGGAACAACACCAUGGCAGAACCCAUCCUCCGAGGGCUAUGGAUGGAUCGCGAAGCCCAGCACCACGCACGCGAAAUCGAAGCCGUAUCUGCAGCUCAAGUCCAGGACGGAGAAACAGUGUGGACGAAUGUUGGUACCACCAAACCUUCGGUGACCGAGCCCGCAAGUGCCACCCUCCCUGCAGACGCAAUAAGGCCCAGGGAAACGAAUAGACCGACAGGCAGCGACGACGAUCCCUGUCGGUACUCGCUCACACAGUCGUCUCUUCUACUUGACACUGGCGCAGACAUCAGCGUAAUACCACCCACCAACAGAUCCGCUUUGAAACCCACCCCAUUCCAACUUCGAGCGGCAAACGGCUCCACCAUAGAAACCUAUGGGAACAAGGAACUUACUUUGAAUAUAAACCUCAGACGCGACUUCAAGUGGUCAUUCACCGUAGCUGACGUCAGGACACCCUUGCUCGGUGCCGACUUCUUGGCACAUUACAACCUGGCUGUCCAUAUGAAGACGAGGACCCUGUCCGACAACACGACAUCCAUCAAGAUCACGGGGAUCCCAUCGAGCUUCAACACAACUAGAAUCAGCGUGGCAACACAGCACGACCCCCAUUACGUAGAAAUCCUGCGCCGGUACAAGCACCUCACGCAACCCAUCAAACCAACUGAUGCAGGCGACCAUCAGACCCAACACCAUAUAAAGACCACCGGACAACCAGCUUAUUUACGGCCACGACGACUCCCUCCACACAAAUUAGCAUAUGCCAAGAAAGCCACUCCUACCGCUUCCAGCACUCCUGCAGCUUCCAGCACUCCUGCAGCUUCCAGCACUCCUACCGCUUCCAGCUCACUCCUGCAGAUUCCAGCACUCCUACCGCUUCCAGCUCACUCCUGCAGCUUCCAGCACUCCUACCGCUUCCAGCUCACUCCUGCAGUUUCCAGCUCACCCCUGCGGCGCUCUACUGACGUCCUGCUACCUAUUCCAGCACCCGCUGACGAUCUAAUCCAGUGCCCACUGACGUCCAGCGCCCUUUCAUUUUGCACACCCGGUCUUUCCUUUUACGUCUUUUCUUUUUAUUUUCUUUCUUUUCAUUUCUUCUUUCUUUUUUUUUCUUUCUUGCUAUUCACUUAUUCGCUAUUUCCUUUUAAGUCCUUUCUUUUUCUUUCUUUCUUUCCUUCUUUAAUUAUUCUUUUUCAUUCAUAUAUUCUUUUAUUUCAUUUUAUCUCCCUUCUUUUUUUUUUAUUAUUCUUUUAUUUCAUUCAUUUCUUCUUUGUUUCAUUUAACAUCAUUUCUUAA